CGGACUUGCAGUUUUCGCCUCGAGUUUAACCAUUUCUUUACGUUUUUGAAUUACACAUAUGAGGAGCCCACACUAAACUCUAAAAAUAUUUGGUUGGUAAUUAAAUCAAUGAUGUAAAUGGUGAAAAUAGUAGCUCGAUAGAAUUACAUUUCUUUUUGUGAAGCCGUAUGUGCCCUGAAGUGGCUUACUUGUUAGCUAGCUAGCUCGUAGCAGCCCUCCAGCUCGUUACUUUGAACGUUUCCGUGUUUUCCUCGUAGUUGAUCUAAAUGCUGAAGGUUAAAGCUACAUGUAACGUCGCUGCAGCAACUUUAAUUGACUUUCAGGGGAAUAAUGCAGUUCAUUUCCAACCUGAUCGGUUGUUUUUAUGUUUGGCAAGGCAGUAAAUGUAAUAGCUUUACUUUAUUUUCUACCUGAAACGUUUAUUCUUGCUGGUGCAUUUGUCUCUUUGGUGUCCCUUAUUAUGGCAGCUGGCAAGCAUUGUAAGCAACGGGAAGUCUAUAAAGUCAGCUGCAAUAAAUCCAAUGGCUUUCGGCGGUCCUGUCUGCAUGUUUCUACUGAAAAGAACAUGAAGCAGGUGGAUUUUAAUAAUAAGGAAGAAUUAAAUGAGGACAGUUUCCAGGUACAUCGCGUAGUGCAGAGAUCCGACAAGAUAACACGGCCGUCGCCUUGCAAGAGAAAGAGCUCUUCAUCGGUUGAGGUGGGCGCAAAGCUGAACCGAAGGUCAUCAAAUGUAGGCCGUCUCCGUGGCCCCGGCAUGGCCAACAAAGAGAAUGAGGUGACAUGCUCCGAUGAUGUGCGGGCCCUUCACGCUGGGCUGCCGACGAUCUCUGCUGAUGCUUCGAAGAUGACAGGGGCCAGCUCCAAGUACGCUGACUUUACCGAGUUAUCAAAGGACCACGAAGCUAUGACUCACAUUCUCUUUGGAAGAGAUCUCCGACUUAAAGUAGCCCUGACGCUAUGGCGAAGAAAUGCCUGCGAGUUGGUGUCCUACCUAAUAAGAAUACAAGACACUGGGGUGCUGCUUGACUGCUUACCUGUCUUAACAAACAACCUUCAAACUGAAGCACCAUGUUUGUCGCUUGGCUGCUGUGUUGACCUCAUGCCCCAAGUCAAAGUCGUUAUUUCCAGUAAAUAUGAAGAACACAUAACGGUGGGUUUACACUGGGUUCAGUCCGUCAUCAGGAAAUGGUGGCCUGAACUUUCCAAAGCUGAGAAGAGACUGCAGGACAGUUGUUCAGAAGACAGGUGGGAAUAUCGAUAUCAUGAAGCAGCGAUUGAAAGACUUGUGGAAAGAAGGAUCUCAAUUAUGUUUGGUUCCAGGAUCUGUGGGAGAGCUGGCAAAAGCCAUCGAAGCUCGUCUGUCCCAGCUGCCCUGAUAAUAACUAAUGUAGCACUCUGACCAUGCAACCACUACUGCUGAUCACGGCUGGAUGUUGAACUGAUAAUGUUUGCCUGAGAAAUGGACUGGUUCAUUCUAUGGACACUCGAACCGAACUUGACAUUUCAGACAAAUCUCUUCGGUGAGAGCUGGGGACUCCUCUGAAGGACAGCAGCAAGCCUGCACAGCAAAUGACUGCUUCACAUUGAAGUGGACCGUCUUGUGAAGAGGCAUGUUUAGUGGACCUCAUGAGACGAGGCGUUAUGUUGCUCGAUGAAGUGCCAAUGUCUUUGUCUCUCACUACACAACUUGUUUGUUUUGAAUGUCCUACUUUUUCUUCUGUGUGCCUGGUUUCUUUGGAAUCAGGAACUUGAAUCUCCAAGUCUUUAAGUUAUUAGUGCUGGUUGUUGUUGUUUUGCCUGUUUUCGUGUUGUUUGAUUGUAAAAUGUCAAAAUAAGUGAUUCUAUUAUUUUUCUUUUAAAUACAUUUUAGUACAUUUUUAAAUUAUGCUCAAAAUGAGAAUUUCCAGUGAGCAAUAGUGGUGCGGACAAAAAAUAUCUGUUUGUUGGAGAAUAACCAAGGUCCCCAGGACCUGUCCACAUGACGCCCUUCUCCCACAAAGCUGCCACUGUCAGAUUACAGGCUGGGAUCUUCUACCCACUACCUUAUCCAACCUGACGCACCAUGGAUGGGGUUGUCAGCUGAUGUCACCCGAUGGCAUUGUGUAUGAUUUUGAGAGGCAGCCAACGUUUGGCCUGUUAGAAAUAAAAUGCCCAAAUGUCACAAGCUAUGUUGACUGCCCUGACAUGGGGGGGGCAGACACACACUGAGAUGAUCCCAACCAUAUUCUGUCAGGUCCAAGGACAAAUGACGAUUUCUGGGUGUGAAUUUGUUAUUUACACAAGAAAAUAACAUGUUCAUUUAGAA